AUGUCAAAUGGCAAACCAGUCCAUCUUAAUAUAAGUGAUAUCUCAUCAACUUCACAUCGUCCCAUUCAUUGUUAUGCAGGCAUUAACCCUCUGUGUCCAUCUUGUGCUAUCUCUGACUUGUAUGAAGUAGUGGAUGCUAUCGGGUCGAUGAUGAUCCAUGAUAUCGAUGAUCUUGAAGCAAACCUCAUCAUGGACCUCACAAAGGCCAAAUAA